GGUCCCAUUUUACCAUUUGUUGUAAAUAAACGAAUGACAGAGAAGCGGCUGGUGGUUAAAUUCCUACCGAAGUAUAUACUCAGUACAAAAUUCCUCCUAUUGCACCGUGUUUUGAGGUUGAUGUUGUGACGUUGAUGUCAUUCAUACCUGCCACUGUGGUGUCAGUCUCUACAGUCAAAGCUUGUGGCCAAUGCCACAAGCGCAACCCGCCCAGAGAACUGGAUUGCCAACAUUAAGAGGAGCUGUCAAGUGGGCUUAAGCAUAACUCUCUUUUCCCCACCUGGCUGUUGGACUGAAGGGGGAUUGCCUGAGGAUUUGCCAACUCGUAAAUUUAAGAUGUCAGAAUUAAAUAAAGAGAUGCUUGAUUUAGUUUGGGGGAGACCCUCUGGUGAGGGCGUUUCUGCCUCCAUCUUCCGAAGAUGGACCCAAGGGUUUGUUUUUAGUGAGUAUGAGCACACAGCACUGGAGCAGUUCGAAGGAGGGCCAUGUGCUGUAAUUGCACCUGUCCAGGCUUUUCUCUUAAAGAACAUUCUUUUUAACAGAGAAACUUCUCACUGGAGACAAAUGGAAGAAGAAGAGCAGAAGACAGCCCUGUGUUCAACACUCAGCGAAAUCCUCGAGUCCGCAUGUGCCAGCCCUUCUACAGGGUUCUGCUUGGUAACUUGGGCCAAGGGAAAGUGCCCACACUCUAGUAAACUUGCUAAGACGCAGCCACAACCACAAACGCAGGACAUGCCAGAGCCAGAGAGCAGCCGGCCACCACAGGAUCAACAACCCACUGCUUUGACUACAGAGGAUCUUGGCUUUGAGAGAUUUCAUAGUGUUCUCCACAAGCGAACAGUCCUGUCAGUGUCCGAUCUCAGAGAAGAAGUGCUGUCUCAUUACCACUCCUGGAGGGGGUGCUGUGGAGUUUUGCUUUUCCUUUACUCUGUCAUCCUCACAAAGGGCAUAGAGAAUAUUAGGAAUGAGAUUCAAGACCCAACGGAGCCUCUCAUAGACCCUGUGCAUGGUCAUGGAAGUCAGAGCCUGGUGAACCUCCUUGUGACUGGUCAUGCAGUGUCUAAUGUCUGGGAUGGAGACAGGGAAUGUUCUGGCAUGAAACUACAUGGAAUUCACAAACAAGCAUCAGUCGGGUUCCUCACCCUUAUGGAGUCACUACGCUACUGCAAGGUCGGUACAUUCCUCAAGUCUCCAAAGUUCCCUAUUUGGAUUCUUGGCAGUGAAACUCAUCUCUCUGUAUUCUUCACCAAGGAGAUGUUGCUGGUAGGUCCAGAGUCUCCAUCAGAACAGGCAAGGAGGGUCUUCCAGUCAUUUGAUCCUGAAGAUAAUGGCUUCAUCCCAGAGUCUCUGUUGGAGGAUGUGAUGAAAGCUCUUGACCUUGUCUCAGAGCCUGAGUAUGUCAAUCUGGUGAAGAGUAAACUAGAUCCAGAAAGCUUGGGUAUAAUACUUCUGGGCCCAUUCCUGUUGGAGUUUUUCCCUGAUCAGGAUUCAGGAAUCCCAGACUCAUUUCCCGUCUACCACUACAAUGGACUUAAACAGUCCAACCACAAAGAGAGGGUUGAGUAUGUGGAGGGGACAGCUGUGGUGCUAGGUUUUGAGGAUCCGAUGGUUCGGACUGAUGACACUCCAGUGAAGCGUUGCCUACAGACCAAGUGGCCCUACAUCGAGUUGCUGUGGACCACCAACCGCUCUCCAUCACUCAACUAGCACUGACACUCUAUGUGUUUGUGUGUGUGUGUGUCUAUGUAUGUGGAUGGACCACUGCUGCCCCACCACACAUCCCUUUUCAAAUCCCCUCCCUCGCACUGACCACUAAAGGUCAGCGGACUGCAAAGACUGAAACACACAACAGCAAUGAAUGAAAACAAGAAGAACACAAACAUUGUCAUGGACCAAUCAAUCAAACCUGAAAUCCAUCCUUUUCUUUCACUCACACAUUCCACACAAACUCACCUCUGCAGUCAUCUGUUCACCACAGCUUGUAAUUGACACACAGGAUGUUUAUGGUGUGAUAACUUAAAGAAAAAAAUGAAUGAUUGUUUAUUUUUACAGCUCUGCUUUGUGCCAACAACCUCUGCUACAGUUUGGUACUAGACAGCUGUUAUGAAACAAACUAGUUUGGUUCAACAAGCGUGUCACCAAAUCACACACUGAACCACAUGUAGAGCCAGUCGACUGUGAGACACUACUGUUAACCCAGCUGCCGGACUGUUUGAGGGAAAACCUACCAAAGCCUUCCACAAAUGAGAACACACGGACAGAUUCACACACAUACACACAACACGCUGACAGUUACUUCCACUGCUGAGAGUUUACAGUGUAAAAGGGACCAACCCAGAUGCAGAGAUCCUGAGAUCUGAAUUGGAGGUUUUCAGUGUUUAACUAAGAUGAAGUUGGUUUAGGUGCUCUGUGUGUGCUUUGUGCACUACACUAGGAUGUUGGCCAAGUGCUUGUAUUUAUUAUCACACUCAAAGGUUCUGGAAUAAACACUUCUUUGUUCA